AUGCGUGUCAAGCUCUUGUUCCUGUUGUGGCGCACCUGGCAUCACAGAAACAAUGCGGUACAUGGCGACGGCAAGGCUUCCAUUGCAGCGUCUGUGCCAUUCCUUCAGAGCUAUGUGGAUUCCCUCCAGCCAGGGACCUCAGCACCGGACCCUAAAGGCAAGUCAGCUAUAGUGGUGAAUAGGCCUGCACCUGUCAUGGCAACUGAAGUGCCUUCGAAAUGGCUAGCCCCUGGGCCUGGGUGGAUCAAGGUUAAUGUGGAUGCCGGUUGGAACUCGCCUAAUGUUCCUGGCGGAGCUGGGUUGGUGGUAAGAAACGAUACAGGGCGAGUUCUGUUCUCUGCCUGGAAGACGUUGCCGUUGUGUGCUAGCGCGGAGGAGGCUGAAAUUCUAGCUCUAUUGGAAGGCAUUAGAUACUUAGCUGCAAAUCCGCAAUUCUCUGGAAUUCUUGAAACGGACUGCGCCAGGAUUGUUGCUGUUCUUUCCUCCUUGGACAGGGACCGUUCGUCGAACUGGAGCCUUUUCAUGGAGGCACGAGCUAUGCUUGCUUUGCUACCAGAAGUGAAGAUCUACAUUUUCUCCAAUUUUGAUCCUGACACCAGAGACUUCAAAGAAAUUAAGUCUAAAAUUAGCAAAUGUGUGACCCACAAUAAGGUGAGGGAUUGCUUUGGAUUCAGCCCAGAGGAUAACAUAGGAAAGAUUGGCUUUCCAGCUGUGCAAGCGGUUCCAUCGUUCUCGUCUUCGUUUCCACGUCUCUUCCCUCACAAUCAUCCGCUGCGAUGCCUCAUCCCAUGCGCAAUAGACCAGGACCCUUAUUUCAGGAUGGCACGUGAUGCCGCUGCAAGAAUCGGUUAUCAUAAGCCAUCGCUGAUUGAAUCAAGAUUUUUCCCUGCUCUUCAGGGGGAAAACACGAAAAUGUCAGCUAGUGAUUCGAAUUCUGCGAUAUAUGUGACAGAUAUUCAUGAAGAAAUAAAGAAUAAGGUGAAUAAAUAUGCUUUCUCAGGUGGCCAAGACUCCAAAGAGCUACAUAGAAAACUUGGAGCUAACCUUGAGGUGGAUGUACCGAUCAAGUAUCUCAACUUCUUUCUUGAAGACGAUGACGACCUCGAGGGCAUAAAGAAGGAGUACAAGGAAGGGAGGAUGCUGACCAAAGAAGUGAAGGACCGCCUUGUCGAUGUUCUAUAUGAUAUUGUUUCACGACACCAAAGAGUAAGAGCUCAAGUGACCGAAGAGAUGGUUGAUGCGUUCAUGGCACCAAGGCCUCUUCCCAACAUGUUUGGCUAG